AAAAUAUGCCGUAUCCAUUUCGUAGCUGUCACAUUUGAUCGGCUUUAAGAUUUGUUGUUGCCAUUCACGUAGAGACUAUCCUCACAUCGCUAUGCGACUGGUACAUGAACAAGUUUAGAACGCUGUCUGAUCAUUCGUCUUGAACCACACCAAGAGGAUGCGAGAAUUCAUCAGAAUGAUACACAUAGUCCACACUGACCCACAAUUCACGCUUGACCCGUAGCCAUGCCACCUGUCAUGUAGAUCUCACAACUGUCUACCUCCAUUUAGUUUUUCAAAUGAAAAUGGAGGAUAUGUCUCUGUCAGGCCUAGACAACACCAAGCUGGAGGCCUUGGCUCAGGACAUAUACUCAGAUCUUGUUGAGGAUGCCUGCUUGGGGCUAUGCUUUGAUGUGCACCGGUCCGUGAAACAAGGCUAUUUCUUUCUGGAUGACACUGACCAAGAAAGCAUGAAGGAGUUUGAAAUUGUGGACCAGCCAGGGGUAGACAUCUUUGGCCAGGUGUUCAACCAGUGGAAGAACAAGGAGUGUGUCUGUCCCAACUGCAACCGAAGCAUUGCUGCAUCACGAUUUGCUCCACAUCUCGAGAAGUGCAUGGGGAUGGGGAGGAAUAGCAGCCGCAUUGCUAACCGCAGGAUAGCCAGUAGCAACAAUUUAAAUAAAUCAGAGAGUGACCAAGAAGAUAAUGAUGACAUCAAUGACAAUGACUGGUCUUAUGGCUCAGAGAAAAAAGCUAAGAAGAGAAGAUCAGAAAAGAAUCCCAAUUCACCCAGAAGAUCAAAAUCCUUAAAGCAUAAAAAUGGGGAGUUCAACAGUAGUGUCAGCACAGACAUCUACAAGUAUAACUAUAACACAGGCAUCAGUUAUGAAACUCUGGGUCCGGAGGAACUGAGAUCUUUGCUGACUACGCAAUGUGGGGUCGUGUCAGAGCACACCAAGAAAAUGUGCACCAGGUCCCACCGGUGUCCCCAGCACACGGACGAACAGAGGAGGGCCGUCAGGGUGUUCCUCCUUGGGCCGUCCGCGUCCACACUCCCUGAGCCAGAGCUGGUGAUGGAGAGUGAUGGCUACGACGUCUCUGACGGACAGGUGCUCAUGGGUCGCCUUCACUGGGACGGCUCCUCGGACAUCUCCCCCUCAGACUCCGCCUCAUCCAAAGCUAGUACUACAAACUCAGACCCAAAAAGGACAAAGAAGAAGAAGAAGCCGAGCUCUCUGUCCCUGACCGCUGUGGGAGUGGACAGAGGGGAGCGGGAGGACCGAGGAGGGAGUGGGAGCGGAGGACUGGGAGGCAGUAGCAGUUCCCAGAGUGCACUUGGCCUCCCCGGCCGAAAGAAGAAGCCCAAACUCCCUGCACCUUUGGGCCCUAGUAUCUACGACGACCUGAACUGAGACAGAUGCCCUAUAUUGCACUCCUGGUCCUCACAUCCUGUUUUGCUCGUCUCUCCGUUUCCCCCGUUGACACAAAGAUGCCUUUUGAAUUGAUAAUCAAAUUGGAUGCUCGUUAUCAGUAGCUCAGCUUAGGGAUCAGUGGUUUGACAAUCCUGAAGUACAUUCAUCCAGUCCAACCCACAGAUCAGUUGAUGGCCUGUCUUGUAGGCAUACUGUAUAGACUUGUGUUGUGUAAAAGACGGCGACAGACUCGGCUUCUGACUAGUUGAUCAUGUGAUUUUACUCAUUUUAACUUUUUCAUUUGUGCGUGCAUGCAUGUGUGCGUACGUGUGUGUGUGUGUGUGUGUGUGUGAGGUGCAAUUGUAGGUUCUGGUCCUUUGGUUCUGGUGUGUUGCUUUUUUUUUGUAGUGUAAUUGCUGGGCAGAGUGUGUGAUGGCCCCCAGUCAACUGGUGGUGUAAAAUCCUCUGUGGGGUGUGUGUGUGUGUGUGUGUGUGUGUGUGUGUGUGAACAUUUCUACAUGGAUCAUGAGAAGAACUAAGCUGUGCAAUCACUAUGACUAUGCUGUGUUCAAAUUACUAGCGGUGGCCCUCCUCACUUGUUUCACUGAUAAAUCAUGUCACUGUUGUCAGUCAGUCCCUCUCCAUGCAUUUUGCUCUGCUGGUUUGCAUAGUCCUGUCCCAUAGUCUUCCACCUCGUGCUCUCUGUUACAUUGUGCCACACUGACUCCACUGAGUCGCCGGAGACAAAGAGCUGCUUACUGUCACUGGCUUCAGGAACUCUGCAUCUGUAUUUAUUGCUGCACGGGAUUUUCAAGCAAUGCAUUUUUUUUUUGUUUCUUUGCUUGUGCAUCCUAUUAUAUUGUUAUCUCUAAAUUAAUAUCUAAAUUUUGUAUAUGUUGUCCAUGUUUGUAUGUUGUCCAACAUAUGCACUCGACAUGUAUAAAUCCAAACUUAAUUUUAAUGUCCUAUUAGGUGAAAGUGAUGAAAAUUGUGGUUACUCGGCUGUAAUCCCAAGAAUAUCAUAUAUUUGAAGGUUUUUGAGACAUGUCUGCAAAGGUUGGGGUGUCUCAGCCCUCUGUGUGUGCUAUUGUAUGUGAGCGAUGCAUUCUGCUCCAGUGCUACUGAAACUCUAGCACUGCUGGCAAUGAAACAUGUAAAUAUUUAAGAAAAAAAAACGUAACAAAAACAGAAUUAUUUUUUCAUAACACAUGCAUGUGUGCUGUGUUUGCCCAUGCAUAUUGUGGUGUAUAUAUUUAUAUAUUUGUGAAAAUAUACAGUAGCUUGCCAUUUUCCCCCUAUCUUUUUAAGGUGGACCAUUCUGGUCAAGAAUAAACAAAAAAAGUGACUCAGGAA